AAACUUCAAAAAUUUUUGAAGAAAAAUGUCAACAUCACCGCCGCCAAGUCUAAUAAUAAAAUAUAAAUAAAAAGUUGCAUAGAUAAAUGAAUAAUUAGAAAAUUAUUCAAUUUACUUCGUUUGAACAAAAAUGAUUUAAUAUUUGCCUGCACAAUUAUAUUUUACACAAAACCAAAGAUUUACAAACCAACCACACACAAUGGAUCCAGUGAUAUUCUUCUCAAUAAUCAUUGGCAUAUAUUUUGUAGCAUUUUUCCUAGAUUGUUUCUUCAAGAGUUGUAUGCACUACCCCUGGGAACAGUUCCUUACAAACACAGGCCUCACAGUUAAAUUUCUGCGCUUUAAAUGGUAUACUACAGCUUUCAACCGAACCAUCUUCAAAUGGGGUUCGGCUGGCAAUAAGUUCCUCACCAAAUGGUUCACGUGUGGGGCACUGGUUGCCUUGGCGAUGCUUCCUCUCGCUUUUAUCAUUUUAUUCAUGACUAUUUUCAAUGGACACAAAAGGGGAGAUGGAGGAGGCAGCAUGACAAGUAGUGACGUAAAAGUUCAAAUUCUAUUGCCUGGAUUUAAUCUGCCUUUGGAAGAAAUCGGAUUCUAUGUUUGUACUCUUGCGAUAUCGACAGUUGUACACGAACUGGGACAUGCUUUAGCAGCUGUCAUAGAAGAUGUCCCUUUGAAUGGCUUUGGAUUCCAGGUAUAUUUUUGCAUUCCCUUAGCCCACACCGAUAUCGCAUCAGAACAGCUCAACUCGCUUCGUUGGAUGAAAAAACUGCGCAUCUUAUGUGGCGGUAUUUGGCACAAUAUUAUAUUCUCCGCUUUUUGUUAUCUUCUCUUUUCGAGUUUUGGAUUUCUUAUGACUCCUAUUUACAGUACGAACGAAGGUGUCUUUGUGACCGAAGUGUCUGCAAAGUCAACUUUGCGAGGAGAACGUGGUCUCCAGGCCAACGAUAUCAUUACCGAAAUCAACGACUGUCGUGUGCGAGACAUAGACUCGUGGUACGAUUGCCUUAUUCAAUCUUUGCGUACAAAGCCAGGCUACUGCGUCUCGUCGGAUUUCAUUCGAUUGAAUGACGAGAGCGUAGAAAUAACUCACCAUGGAAGCGAUGGUGUGAUACAGUGUUGUGACGCUAAGAAUUACGCUCAAUGCUGCUUUGAGUACAUCGAUGACUUGAGCAACGAUGGACCCAUAGAGAUUCCACAGCAUGUUUGUCUAAACAUUCGUCUAACCAUCGAAGAUUCGUAUGGAUUUUGUUCGGGAGUCUGCGACAGAGGAUUCUGCAUUCGUCCAUUACUUAAGAACACCACAACGAUUCUAAGUAUACGGAGAAGACAAAAGCCGGAUGUCAUUUAUAUGGGACAUCCAGGGGAUGUUUCGAAAUCGAUUCGAAUCUCACCGUUUGUGCCGAAGUCUGGGAUUUUUCAACCCCAAUUAGCUGAUGCUUUUAUACUGUUUCUUAAGUAUAAUAUAGUGUUCUCAUUGGGUCUGGCACUUGUGAAUGCACUGCCGUGUUUCGGUAUGGAUGGAUAUCACAUCUCUAGCACAAUUAUAAAUAGUUUCCUGGUGAAUCGGAUAGAAGAGAGAGCUAAGCGGGAAACUAUAGUUCUCUUGGUCACCGGAAUGGGGACAUUUCUCUUUGUUUGCGCUGUAUUCAAAGUUGUUUGGGUUUCGCUGAUAAAGAAUAUGUUCUAAGUUUUUAAUUUGGACAGAAUAAAUAUUUAUUUAAGACAAAAA